GCUGGCGGAGGCUCGCUCAUUUGCGCGGAGCCGGCUGGGGAUCGCAGGCGGCGGCAGGAUGAACAGCAUCAAGAACGUGCCGGCGCGGGUGCUGAGCCGCAGGCCGGGCCACAGCCUGGAGGCCGAGCGCGAGCAGUUCGACAAGACCCAGGCCAUCAGUAUCAGCAAAGCCAUCAACACCCAGGAGGCCCCCGUGAAGGAGAAGCAUGCCCGGCGCAUCAUUCUGGGCACUCACCACGAAAAGGGGGCCUUCACCUUUUGGUCCUAUGCCAUCGGUCUGCCACUCCCAAGCAGCUCCAUCCUCAGCUGGAAGUUCUGCCAUGUCCUCCACAAGGUCCUUCGAGACGGGCACCCCAAUGUCCUCCAUGACUGCCAGCGGUACCGGAGCAACAUUCGGGAGAUUGGAGAGCUGUGGGGGCAUUUGCAUGAUCGGUAUGGACAACUGGUGAAUAUUUACACCAAGCUCUUGCUGACCAAGAUCUCCUUCCACCUCAAGCACCUCCAGUUUCCUGCGGGCCUCGAGGUGACAGACGAGGUGUUGGAAAAGGCGGCUGGGACUGACAUCAACGACAUCUUCCAGCUCACCGUGGAGAUGUUCGAUUACAUGGACUGCGAGCUGAAGCUUUCCGAGGCAGUUUUCCGGCAGCUCAACACCGCCAUCGCCGUGUCCCAGAUGUCCUCGGGCCAGUGCCGCCUGGCCCCCCUCAUCCAGGUCAUCCAGGACUGCAGCCACCUCUACCACUACACGGUCAAGCUCCUGUUCAAGCUGCACUCCUGCCUCCCAGCGGACACCCUGCAAGGCCACCGGGACCGGUUCCAUGAGCAGUUCCACAGCCUCAGGAACUUCUUCCGCAGAGCAGCUGACAUGCUGUACUUCAAGCGCCUUAUCCAGAUCCCCCGACUGCCCGAGAGUCCCCCGAACUUCCUGCGGGCCUCGGCGCUGGCGGAGCAUGUUAAGCCGGUGGUGGUGGUCCCUGAGGAGGCCCCUGAGGACGAGGAACCCGAGACCCUCAUUGAGAUCAGCACAGGCCCCCCCGCUGCGGAGCUGGCGGUGGUGGCCGACCUCUUUGAUCAGACGUUUGGACCCCCCAAUGGCUCCUUGAAGGACGACAGGGACCUCCAGAUCGAGACCUUGAAGAGAGAGGUGGAGACCCUCCGCGCCGAGCUGGAGAAGAUGAGGCUGGAGGCCCAACGAUACAUCGGGCAGCUGAAGGGCCAGGUGAACGCGCUGGAGACCGAGCUGGAGGAGCAGAGGAAGCAGAAGCAGAAAGCGCUGGUGGACAACGAGCAGCUCCGCCACGAGCUGGCCCAGCUGCGGGCCGCCCAGCUGGAGGGCGAGCGGAACCUGGGCCUGCGCGAGGAGGCCGAGAAGAAGGCCAGUGCCACGGAGGCGCGCUACGCCAAGCUGAAGGAGCAGCACAGCAAGCUGGUCGCCACGCACGCCGAGCUGCUCAGGAAGAGCGCAGACACGGCCAAGCAGCUGACGGAGAAGCAGCAGCACCAGGAGGAGGUGGCGCGGGUGAGGGAGCAGCUGACCUUCCAGGUGGAGCAGGUGAAGCGGGAGUCCGAGAUGAAGCUGGAGGAGCAGAGUGACCAGUUAGAGAAGCUCAAGCGGGAGCUGGAGGCCAAGGCCGGGGAGCUGGUGCGCGUGCAGGAGUCCCUGAGCCGCACGGAGCAGAGCGGGUCGGAGCUGAGCUUGCGGCUGGACGCGCUCAGCGCGGAGAAGGAGGCGCUGAGCAGCGCCGCGCGGCAGCGGGAGGCCGACCUGCAGGCGGCGCAGAGCCUGGCACGGGAGAAGGAGGCGGCGCUGAGCCAGGAGCAGCAGCGCCACUCCCAGGAGAGGGACGAGCUGCGGGGGCGGCUGGCGGACAAGGAGAGUCAGGAGCAGGGCCUGCAGCAGAGGCUCCUGGACGAGCAGUUCGCAGUGCUCCGGCGCACGGCCGCCGAGGCCCAGCGCAUCCUGCAGGACGCCGUGGGCAAGCUGGACGACCCCCUGCACCUGCGCUGCACCUGCUCCCCGGACUACCUGGUGAGCAGGGCCCAGGCCGCCCUGGACUCCGUGAGUGCCCUGGAGACAGGCCACACCCAGUAUCUGACCUGCAGGUCAGAUGCCUCUGCCCUGGUCGCGGCCCUGACCCAGUUCUCCCACCUGGCUGCCGACACCAUCGUCAACGGUGGUGCCACCUCUCACCUGGCGCCCACCGACCCUGCCGACCGCCUGGUGGAUGCCUGCAGGGAGUGCGGGGCCCGGGCGCUGGAGCUCACGGGGCAGCUGCAGGACCUGCAGGCCGUGCCGCAGGCCCAGCCCGGCCUGGUGCGGACCCCUCUGCAGGUCAUUCUUCAGCUGGGCCAGGAGCUGAAGCCCAAGAGCCUCGACGUGCGCCAGGAGGAGCUGGGGGCCAUGGUGGACAAGGAGAUGGCGGCCACGUCCGCGGCCAUCGAGGAGGCUGUGCGGAGGAUCGAGGACAUGAUGAACCAGGCCCGCCACGCCAGCUCGGGGGUGAAACUGGAGGUGAACGAGAGGAUCCUCAACUCCUGCACAGACCUCAUGAAGGCCAUCCGGCUCCUGGUGACAACGUCCACCAGCCUACAAAAGGAGAUCGUGGAGAGUGGCAGGGGGGCAGCCACGCAGCAGGAAUUUUAUGCCAAGAACUCCCGCUGGACUGAAGGUCUCAUCUCUGCUUCCAAGGCCGUGGGCUGGGGAGCCACACAGCUGGUGGAGUCGGCUGACAGGGUGGUGCUUCACACGGGCAAGUACGAAGAGCUCAUCGUCUGCUCCCACGAGAUCGCGGCCAGCACGGCCCAGCUGGUGGCCGCCUCCAAGGUGAAGGCCAACAAGGACAGCCCCCACCUGAACCGCCUGCAGGAGUGUUCCCGCACGGUCAACGUGAUGGCCGCCAACGUGGUGGCCUCCACCAAGUCCGGCCAAGAGCAGAUUGAGGACAGAGACACCAUGGACUUCUCCGGCCUGUCCCUCAUCAAGCUGAAGAAGCAGGAGAUGGAGACCCAGGUCCGGGUCCUGGAGCUGGAGAAGACGCUGGAGGCAGAGCGCGUGCGGCUUGGGGAGCUUCGGAAGCAGCACUACGUGCUGGCCGGGGGGGUGGGGGCGCCAGGCGAGGAGCCCUGCCAGCCCAGCGCUGCGCCCCACAGCGGGACUUCCAAGAAGCCACCCCUGGCCCAGAAGCCCAGUGUGAUCCCCAGGCAGGACCACCAGGUGAACAAGAAGGAUGGCGUCUGCCCGGCUCCACUCGUGAACUCCUAGGCUCCGGAGGGGUCCAGCGGGACUGGCCGGUGGGCCGGGUCCCCAUGGGGCUGUCCUGGCUUGGCCGAGAGGCUUUGAGGGGCGCGGUCCGUACACCAGGUGCUCUGGCCUGCCCCACGGCCUGGGUCAGUGUCCCCGAGGCCCCAGCCCUUCCUGUGCUCGUGGGGUCUGGGCCGAGCCGGGCUGAUGGGGGCAGUUCUCUCGGACGCGAGUAUUUAUCAGCCACGGGACCAUCUGAGAGCAGCCAGGACCCAGCAGGCCUGAACCUCGAUGCAGGAAACACGCGGACACUUGUACUCUUCCCAGCCAGAGCUCUCCUUCCUGAGCUUGUGUUCGGCACUCUGGGAAGCAGGGGGUGGGGGGCUGGCCACCCUUGCCUUUUGGACUUGGGGUCUGAGGUGAGAGGUGAACGGAAAGAACACAGGCCCUGGGACACGGGUCCAUGGAGAUGGGACCCGGGGCAGGGCAGGGCGCUCUGGGCGAGCUGGGGUCCCCUUCCUCCCCAGGUCUCGCUCUAGGGCACCCGCAGCGGGGGUGCGGAGGAGGGCGGGGCCCUCGUCUGGGGGAACAGACGGACUGGGCGCCGCUGCUGGCAGAGCGGACACAGCUGAGAGCCCGCGCCCACCGGCCACAGGUGCUGCCCGCGCGCCGGGAGUCUGUUCCUGCUGAAACCGGGUGACCGCCCGCUUCCUGUUUUUCAUUCCGUCUGGCUGCCCGUGCCCUGGGGGCCUGGUGCUGGCCGCUCCCGUCGCCCACCUCCGCCCACCCGCCGACCUCUGGAUCAAGGGAGCCUUGUGCCUCGCAGGAAGAGGGCGGCCCGCCCCGCCCAGAGCUGGGGCUGGUCUGGCCGCCCUGCCCGCUGGAGGGGGCUGUGAAUGGACUUCUUGUUGUGUGAGAGUCCCCUCGGGGAGUGGCUGGGCACGGCGGGGACCUGUCUGGGGGAAGAGAGCCAGUAGCCGGGCCGCCCGGCACUCCCCCAGCCCCACCCCACCCCUGUCUGGGCGAGCACAUGGGCCCGCUCCUUGGAGCUUAGUGUUUUCUUGUAUU